AUGAAACAAGGACUUAUGUUUAGAGAAAUUUUGACUCUUGCUUAUCUAGCUUUCAAAAAGCGGAAGGGAUUAGAAGUUGUUCAAAAGUUGAAGAAGGUUAAGCCUUCUGAUGAUGAAACUCGGAUGGAAAAAGUUAAAGUUGAAACAUAUGUUGAUAGUAAAGAAACAAACAAUGAAAUGGAUGGUUCAUUUCAAAUUUCACCCAGGAAGGAUACUUCUGUCAAAUUUCUUCACAAUCUACUGAGGCUGAGAAGACUUGCUGGCAAGUCUUCAGUUAGUGGAGUUGACGUUGAGUAUUUGUUAAAGCCACAAGAGUCAAGGACUAGGACUUCGAUUGAAAGUAUGGAGAAGAAGCUUGAUGAGAAAUUGUCCUCGCAUUCUUGA